GCUCGCCGAGGCAGAAGUCGAGUUGCGAACGUGCGUCCGCCUAGACCGCAUGAGUUCGAGCAGCUGCUUCGGCACCGGUGUCUCGCGAUUCGAGUCGCGCUGCUUGCCGCAGUUCUUUUGCGUGGUGCGGUGCGUUGGGUAGACUUAUCUCGUGGACGGCGCUGCCCCCUUUGGAGUUACUCAGCCAUGAAUGAGCCAAUUAAGAAGAGCUACCUGCCUACCGUGCACAAGUGCCCGUGCCUGAAGAGCCACCCCGUGGUGAUGCCGCGUUCGUUUCCGGAAGAAGUGCACCAGCUGCGCUGCCAGGAGGGCCCCGAGGCCGGCACGGUCUCCAGUCUGAAGCUGCACGUCGGCAAACUGUUCCGGUCGACGUCGGCGACGACCGCCAACGGCGCCGCGCCGCCCAGCCCGUCGCCGCCGUCCAGCCAGACGUCCAUACCGCCCUGGAACCCGGCCAGGCGCAUCGUCACCUUCGUCUGUCUCGUGUCGCUCAUCUGCACCGCCAUCAUCGUCGCCGUCGUGGUCGCGGCCGUCCUGCUGUCGCGCCACAUCGCGCACCCGUCGCGGCAGCAGCAGCGCUACCGACGGCUCAUGUCCGACGUCGCCGUCGACGUGGUGCCCAAGCCCCAGGACCUGGUCGACCGCACCAACACCAUCGUCGUGCACCGCAAGAACCCGACCGCGUGGCAGUCCCAGUCGCGCCAGCUGCGCUCGCUGCUGGACAGCUACGCGGUCGAAGGCGGCGCCGGCUCCCGGUGCGAGCCGGGCAACCGCUGUCCCUUCCCCGUGGGCUUGGUCAGCGACAACUGCAGCGAGGCGGACUUCUUCGGCUACCGGGAAGGGGCCCCGUGCGUGGCGCUCGUGUUCCGGCGCGCGCCGGACUGGACGCCGCAGCCCCUGGCGCCCUCGGACCUUGCGUCUCCCGCGGUGCCGGACGAAGUGCGCGAGGGCUACGACCCGGGUCUGCUGUACGUCACCUGCAAGAGCGAGCACAUCAGCAGGGACAUCGACAUCCGCUACUCGCCCUACCACGGGUUUCCGCUUCGCUUCUUCCCGGCCUCCCGGCAUCCGCCGAUGCUGAUGCUGCACUUUCCCAACCCGCCGCUUCGCACCGAGAUCUGGGUCACGUGCCGCUUCUGGGCCAAGAACCUCGACCAGUCCAGCAAUGGGAAGGUGACCUUUAAGCUGCUAGUCAUGUGAACUUCCGCGACGACUAGUGCGACCCGGUCAGGACCCGUGGAAGACGGAGCCGUUGAACUUGUCCUUAGAGCGAUGGCGUCUCGGCCAUUCCUCAGAAGACCAGUGAAUUCGCCGCAGACGUCGGCAGUGAGCAGUUUUAGACCUCUUGGUGCUCGCAUGUGCACAAGCUGUGAUCCUGCCGAAACAGCAUGCGCUCACGACACGAAUCUGCCGCUGCUGAAAGUAGCUGGGAGUCCUUGAUCCGCCUAUAUAAAACGCGAGCAUCGCUGUGGACUCGGUUGCGUAGCCACUGUGGACAGUUACACUCAAGUGCCGAUACCCGUGCAUGACUCUCGUCAUCAUUGGAUUCCAUCAGUGAACAGUCACCUGCGUUUUGUGCAAGUCAUCGUCACACGCUGCUUGCCGUUCAUGGGACUAAAGACGUGCAUCCUCGUGAACAAACCUGAAUGUGCACAUGAAUAUGUUGCAGUGUGUACGAAGUGCAAAAACAGCCCGUGUGUGGUCGAAUUUUAAUAGCACUAAAUGGGGCAUGACUGCGGAGCAGCGGUUGCCCAUUUACUGUGUUCUUGUCAUUGCAUAACAGCGGCGUUUCUUUCUUACUAGUAUUUAUUAUUUUUGCUCCCUGUCACCAAGGUUGCUGCUUGUACAAAUGGAAUGCUUGUACCAGAAACAGCUACCAAAAACAGAAUUUUGAUGAACCACGGUACCUAUUCAAAACAACGUCAUUCGCCCGAAAUUACCAAAGUGGAUUUUUUUUUCGUUCAUUACGACAGUCUUUACGCUGGUCUACAGCGAGGUAGAGUAGUUGAACCCUGGAAGCAGGGACACCCUUGCGCAUUUGUUCGAGGUCCUAAUGUUUCUCUAAUAAUUUAUUAUAAACAUUGUUUUGUUAAUUGUAAGUUAUAAUCGUAUAUUGUGCGACGUGAUGCAGUGUAAAUAUGUAUUUUGAGCGUUGAUAUGCCUUCAGGCUUGAUACGAGUAACCGAGCUCGUAGCUUGAACUGCGCAGUGCAGCAGAAACCGCCCGUAGAUGCACGGAACAUGUACGCCUUCACGGCGACAUCCCGACACAGCGUUUUGAUGUACCCCUGUGUUCGCUACCACUUCCUGGACGUGUAUUCGGUCAUCGAGAAGAAACCUUCUCGUGUCUUUAAGCCUGAGCCGAAGCUUUGCACGCUAUUUUUGUAUGAAACCGCGCACUAGUGAACGCACACGGAAAUUCCCAGUCUACUAUACUUCCGUCGUCACAGUUUAUGGCACCAUUUUCUCUAAGCGUUCGAACUUCUUCACGUGACGCAUUCGUCACUGUCGUGUGUCGUACAGUGUUCACUGCAAGUGAUCCUCACUGCCUGUGCCUUUUGAGGGCCCGCCUAGUGAGUGGAAGAGUGAAAAGGUCGCUGUAUGUACCCCUUUCCGGUAAACAUGUUUGUUAGUGAUGUUACCAAACUAUACGAUGUAGCAGCCAUCAGCAGUCGAAUGAAUGUUUCCCCCUAAUCUCAGAAAGGCCUCGCCACAAAGCUCUUCCUAGGUUCCAUGAUGAUGAUGAUGAUAUGAGCAUUCCUUUUAAAACAAGGUGGUGGCACGUUCCCCUGAGAUAGUUAUUUAAUAUAUUCUGAUGUAUUUCAUUCUUUAAAUGUGUUUAGCAAGGGGAGCCCAGCACCGCCCAUCGACAGAAGAACACACUGCACUUCAAUAACACUCCUCAGUGAACUCAACGACAAGUUCAAUUAGAGACAUACAUUCACCCAAGGCCUUGAUGUAGAGCUCGACAUCACUUGGUAACAACAUGUUCGCGUCAGGAAUCGCCGUGAAGGUUUACUGAAGCGCAUUGAAAACUUCAGUCGAGGGUUGGCGUUGCUCUUUACUUAGUUUGAAAAAAGAAAUGAAAAAAAAAAAACACAAGGAAGAGAACAAUAGAGCCGCAAUCGGUUUAGGCAUAGGUAACUUUACAAUACAGAGAUAGAUGUUUCAAUGAAGAGAGAAAAGAUCAAGCAGAGAUAGGCGAAGUGCUAGGCUGCAAAGGAUGUAGUAAAACCUGAUUAGCUCAACCAGUCUAGGAGACUGUUUGUCGCCGACCCGUUUUAGGGGAUGCCAAUAGAAAUCAUCAUAUUUUAUCGGGGAUGAGUGUCGAGUGAUGAGCGUUUCUAGGAUACGGGAUUCAGUCUUUCAGUUCAGCUAUAGUCGCACGAUGUUAUCCAGUUUCGCCGCCGUUGCGACACCAAAAGAAAAUCACUGCAUUUGGCCACAGAACAAUCGGGUAAAUGUAAAAGAAAGUUAAACUUUUCUUGUAGCCCUCGCACGUUUCGCUGGACGGGAUUGUCCAUGUUGUGCCUGCGGAUGCUUUCAAGCUACACUCGUUACGGCGGAGGCUCUGUGACUACGAUGUGUUGCUUCUGAGGACGUGCCCGCGGCUAAGAUUUCUGGUGACAUUUCAAAGGCAGCAAAAUGCAAGAACACUCUUGUACUCCAACCUCGGUGCCACGUCAUGCAACUUCAGGAGGUCAAAAAUAAUCAGAUACCCCUGGCGUACCCAAACUGAGGCUUUUGAAAGUUGACGACAAUGCAUUUGUGACCUAAAGGCUCAGUGUGCUGGAAAAUUGAGCUCCUUUACGGCAACCGCUCCUCGUAAACCUUCGCAAUGGUAUUUUUUAUUGCAGAGAGGAAUUCGGUGUCUUGAUAUUCAAAGAUGCGGCCUGCGACCUAAAAUUACCCCUUUGGUUGAGCGCUUUUUUUUUUUUUCGAGUGCAACAUGAAAAGUGGGAACAAUCUUCCAUGUGUAACAGUACGAAGAUUCGUGCCUCGAUCCGAUAGAAAUAUCUGACGAAAGUGCAAAACCGUGCCCAUUCCAGUUGUUAGUCAUUCCUUCCACAGCGACACAGCGCUCCGUAAUUUACGGUUUUCUGUGAAGGCAACGGGGAUCAGAGUACCUAUAAAAGGCUUAUUCUGUUCUUCCGUGAUAUAGGGAAGCGCUGUGCUGCUUUUCUAGGUCUCGGAUGUCACGAAGAGCCUACCUGAGAGCACUGUUCUUUGUUCCCUCGUUGACUGCUUCGUACUAAUCUGAAGUGAAGAGCGGCUUCAGGUUCAUCAGUGGGUCCUGCCUCUUUGUGUUCUGUGCACUGUACUGGAGGACCACGCGUUGUUUCCCUCGAAAUGAUUGUUGUGAAUCUAGUCCUGGUUGACGAGAAACGCACCUGUGUAAUUUUGGUGAAAGCGGCAUUAGCGCUGCAUGCGCAGCGCUGUUGUACAAAGAGAGAAGAAAAAAAAGACGUUCACCACACGUAUUGCGUGUCUUCUGCCAACUGCUGUACUCGUUAAAUCAUUUAUUGUUUUUAAGAGCAAUAAAAGAAAUUUU